AUGGUGAGGCCGGUGGUUUGGCAGCGUGCGACAGCCAACCGCAAGGUUACAUCAUGUCUCCAAUCCAGAUCUGUCGCGUAUCGUCGCGGACUCGCUACAGCUGCCCCGAGUUCGCGUAUGCCACCAUACCCAAAAAUUCUCCGCGGCCUUGAAGAAGCACGACGCAUCCUAGGUUCACAACGUGCCCUUACCUUAGCAGAGAAGAUCCUGUAUUCGCACCUUGACAAUGCAGAGGAAUCGCUGCUCUCCAAUACAAACAACGGGCGAGAUAUUCGUGGGCAGGCCAAUUUGAAGCUCAAGCCAGACCGAGUUGCUAUGCAAGACGCCUCGGCCCAAAUGGCACUGCUACAAUUCAUGUCAUGCGGUUUGCCGUCAACCGCAGUCCCAGCCAGUAUUCAUUGCGACCACAUGAUUGUGGGUGAACGCGGUGCAGACAUCGAUCUUCCCGCUUCAAUUCAAGGCAACAAGGAAGUUUUCGACUUCUUGGAGUCAGCAGCUAACCGAUACGGAAUUGAGUUCUGGCCUCCUGGAGCUGGUAUCAUUCACCAGACUGUGCUGGAAAAUUACUCGGCUCCUGGGUUAAUGAUGCUGGGCACUGACAGUCAUACCCCCAAUGCAGGAGGUUUGGGUGCGAUUGCUAUCGGCGUUGGCGGCGCUGAUGCUGUUGAUGCCUUGGUUGAUGCGCCUUGGGAAUUGAAAGCUCCAAAAAUUCUCGGAGUCCGGCUUGAAGGUCACCUCAGUGGGUGGACAUCUCCCAAAGAUAUUAUUUUACAUCUUGCUGGCAAGCUCACCGUUCGCGGUGGAACUGGUUUCGUUAUCGAAUACCACGGCCCUGGCGUGGACACACUGAGCUGCACUGGUAUGGCGACUAUCUGUAAUAUGGGUGCCGAAGUUGGUGCCACAACAUCUCUAUUCCCAUUUUCUCCCAACCACGUUCCUUACCUCGAAGCGACGAACCGAGCGGCUGUUGCAGCUGCGGCCGCGGAAAUCGCUGCCACUGGUCCCCAGAGCCUGCUCAAUGCCGAUACAAAGGCCGAAUAUGACCAGUUGAUUACGAUCGAUCUGUCCACUCUUGAGCCUCACAUUAAUGGCCCCUUCACGCCAGAUCUGUCGGUCCCCCUUUCUGCAUUUGCGAACAAGGUGAGGGAGGAAAAAUGGCCGGAAACCUUUGGAGCUGGCUUGAUUGGCAGCUGUACGAACAGCUCUUAUGAAGACAUGACUCGGGCCGAGCACUUGGUUAAGCAAGCAUCCGCAGCUGGUUUGAAGCCAAAGGCCGACCUUUUUGUUACUCCUGGUAGCGAGCAAAUUCGUGCUACACUCGAACGGGAUCAAACGCUGUCAACAUUCUCUGCUGCAGGUAGCACAGUUUUGGCUAACGCAUGCGGGCCAUGUAUUGGUCAAUGGAAACGUACUGACGGAGUCGAGAAAGGCGAGGACAAUGCUAUUCUUACGUCUUAUAACCGCAACUUUCCAGGACGUAACGAUGGCAACCGACGAACGAUGAACUUCCUCGCAGCACCAGAAAUUGUUACUGCGAUGAGUUACGCAGGAAGCACCACAUUCAAUCCUAUGACUGAUUCUCUACCCACGCCUGAUGGCGGUUCGUUCCGCUUCCAACCGCCUCAAGGUUACAGCCUCCCAAGUGCCGGGUUUGAAGAAGGAAACCCGGAUUUUCAACCCAGUACAGCAGUGCCUGACCCUUCAGUUGAAGUGGUUGUGUCGCCUACCUCAGACCGAUUGGCGAUUUUGGAGCCAUUCGCCCCGUUCCCAAAUCAUGAUCUUACAGGUCUCAAGGUACUCUACAAGGUCAAGGGUCAAUGCACUACAGAUACUAUCUCAGCCGCCGGACCAUGGCUUAAAUACAAAGGUCAUCUUCCCAAUAUAUCCGCCAAUACCCUUAUUGGAGCAGUGAACGCUGCAACUGGCGAGACUAACGUCGCCUACGACGAAGCUGGUAAACAGCAUUCGAUUCCCGAGUUGGCCGAGCAGUGGAAGGCACAGGGAACAGAAUGGCUAGUUGUGGCAGAAGACAACUAUGGAGAAGGAAGUGCGCGUGAACAUGCCGCGCUGCAACCUCGGUAUCUUGGUGGACGUAUUAUCGUGGCCAAGAGUUUUGCUCGCAUUCACGAGACCAACCUGAAGAAACAAGGAGUGGUUCCAUUGACCUUUUCAGACCGCGCAGACUAUGAUCGCAUUGACGCGUGUGAUCAAGUCGAUGCUGUUGGCUUGCAUGAUUUGCUAACAUCUGGUGGUUCUGGAGAAGUGACUCUGAAGGUGACCAAACAGAAAACUGGAGAGACCUUUACUAUUCCAGUGAAGCAUACUCUCAGUAAAGACCAGUGUAGCUUUAUUCUGGCUGGCAGUGCUUUGAACUUGUUGGCGAAGAAGGGACAAUAA